AUGGUGCGCCUCAACCUCGCAGUCGCAGCACUCGCUGCAGGUGCCAUCUCCACGGCGUCAUCAUCCUCGUCAUCGUCAUCAUCCACAAAACAGCUGCGCGGCGUCGCACCGGCAGACGCACAAAAGUACCAGCCCACAUCCAACGCAAACGGCCAGCCGAGCUGGACGUGCCUCGACGGAUCCAAGCACAUCGCAUGGUCAGCCGUCAACGACGACUACUGCGACUGCCCCGACGGCUCCGACGAACCGGGCACCUCCGCCUGCCCAAACGCCACCUUCUACUGCGCCAACGCAGGCCACAUCCCCGCCCGCAUCCGCUCCAGCCGCGUCGACGACGGCAUCUGCGAUCCAGAGUGCUGCGACGGUUCCGACGAGCAAGACGGCAAGGUGCACUGUCCAAAUCGGUGCGACAAGGUUGGCAGGGAGUACCGCAAGCGCGCCACCGAACUCGAAAAUCUGCGCAGAGCAGGCGGCAAGAUCCGCGACAAGUACAUUGCAGACGGCCGCAAGCACAAGGAGGCGCUCCACGCCGAGAUCGCCAAGCUCGAAGUCGAACUCGACGUGGCCACCACCAACGAAGCACGUCUCAAGCAAGAACUCGUACGCGCAGAGACCGUCGACAAGGCGGUCAUCGAUGCCAAGUCAAAGACGCCGCUCUACGCCAAACUGUCGGCGCACCAAGACGCCAUCCGCUCGCUCAAGGACAAGAACGCCGCGCUCAAGCACGAGCUCCAGACGCUCACGCUGCUGCUCGACGACCUCGCCAAGGGAUACAACCCCAACUACCAGGACAUGGCCGUCAAGGGCGCCGUCGUUGCGUAUAAAGAGUGGCGCGGCAUCAAGUCCGAGUCGCCAGCUGACGGUGCCGACGAUGCGGCCGCGGCCGCCGACGGCGUCGACCAGCUCGCCGCCGACAACGUCAAGCUGAACGAGUUGUUGGACGAGGGCAGCUGGGAUGCGGACAAGCUCGCGAGCCUGCUGGCCGAGGAUCCGCUCGACAUUAUGGACGGCGGCCUGGCGGGCGCGGCGGGCGACAAGCGCGUUGCGGCCGAAGCCGACGGUGGGCUGCUGUUCCGCAUCCACGAGUACCUGCCGGACGGGGUGGUGCCGUACUUUGAGGCCAUGGUGGAUACGCUGCUCGACGUGCUCAUCAAGGCCAACGUGAUCACCGACGUGAAGCGCAUGCGGCCCAAGGCGGCGGAUGGUGCCGAGCCUGAAAACGUAGCUGCGGCACGUCGCGCGCACUCGGAGGCGGCGACGCAUCUGUCGCGCGUCUCGAACGAUCUGUCGACGCGCCGGCACAAGCUGCACGAGUUUGACACGCGCUACGGCCGCCACGCCGAGUUCCGGGCGCUGGAGAACCAGUGUGUGUCGCAAAACAUGGGCGAGUACACGUACGAGUACUGCUUCUUUGGCAGGGCCACGCAGAUGCCCAACAACGGCGGCGCGCACAUCUCGCUCGGCACGUUUGCCAACUGGAAUCCCAAGGCGGACGCCACGCCGGACAGCGACGAGUACUGGAUGCAGCAGGUGUAUGCGCGUGGCCAGCGGUGCUGGAACGGUCCCGAGCGCAGUGCGAUUGUCGACCUCGAGUGUGCGACCUCCAACGAGCUGCGCGAUGUCUUUGAGGCGGAAAAGUGCAUCUACUCGAUCAAGGUCGCCACCCCGGCGGUUUGCUUCGCGCAAAACACCUCCUCCUCCACCGCCACUGCAGCGGCACACGAGCACAACGAGCUCUGA